AUUCACUCACUUCCUGCCCGUGCACCAAAGUAGCGUCAAUAGAAACCCCUUGUUUCCUAUCAUGCCUUCUUUCAGGCAACUGCUAUUUCUUCGCAAACAUGCCACUCGCAAAAGACUUAUUGCACCCAUCCCCUGAGGAGGAGAAGAGGAGCCACAAGAAGAAGCGUCUUGUCCAGAGCCCGAACUCCUACUUCAUGGAUGUUAAGUGCCCAGGAUGCUACAAGAUCACAACGGUGUUCAGCCACGCCCAGACGGUUGUGCUGUGUGUGGGUUGCUCCACAGUUCUGUGUCAGCCCACUGGAGGCAAAGCACGUCUCACAGAGGGGUGCUCAUUCAGGAGGAAGCAGCAUUAGUUGUAAGAGAAGUGUAAGAGGAGGGGUUGGACAUGUUGAUCUCAGCGACUCCAGCCUCGAUACAGAACCCACUGCAUCCAAGAAAGACUGAUCCAGAAGUGCUCAUGAUGCCUGGACACCAGAUGGGAUUACUCAUUCAACAAAGUCCACUUUGUUGCAGUAACUGAACUCUUCAACCCAAUCUCUUUUAAUACAAUUGUUUUGGCUAAAGAA